ACGCAGCUGUCCGCCCCUAACAACCACUCACCUGCUUUCCCCUUUCUAUAGGCCAGCAAAGGUACUUUCUUUUUCUUAUUGGUCCGCGUAACUUAUCGCAACCAAUCAGUGGCAGCCACGGGACCCAACUCACUCCCACACAACUUGGGGGGGUGAUCAUGGAGAAGACAAAUUUUUGUUUUCCGCAUCCAGUUCUCUCAGAGAGCACCGUAUUUGUCAAACUGUUGUGACUCUCCCUAAAUUGAGGCUCUUAAACAUUUCAUUCCCCUUAGGCUUGUAUAGUCUGUCCCUGGCCUACUCCCCCCUCCAGGUGGUACAGCCCUCAAGCUGCUCCACCUCCCAGCCGCUCGCCGGGCCGAGUCCUCCACUAGGCGGAGGCCACUCAGCGCAGGGGCCAUACCAUCUGUGACUAAUAAAUAAUAGGGGGACCCCCCCCCACAACGUCCCACUGUUCCUCUAUUACCUUCUGACCACCUCUCGGACCUCUUGCCCAGCCCUUCCCCGUAGACACGAGCCCCAGAUACGGUGGUGACACCAUUGCUAUGGACCCACGUAGGGCGCAGUGCGAGCCAGGGCAGGACGCAUUUGGUACGACCCACGCCGCGCCCCGCGCCGCCGGAAGUGAGGUGUCUGACCCCCGAAGUUCCGGUUCGCAGGGGGUGGGGAGUGUUGUUAACCAGAGCGGCCGCCGCAGUCGUGCGGAUUGAGCGGGCUCGCGGCGCUGCGUUCCUGGUCUCCGGGCCAGGGCAAUGUUCCGCACGGCAGUGAUGAUGGCGGCCAGCCUGGCGCUGACCGGGGCUGUGGUGGCUCACGCCUACUACCUCAAACACCAGUUCUACCCCACUGUGGUGUACCUGACCAAGUCCAGCCCCAGCAUGGCAGUCCUGUACAUCCAGGCCUUUGUCCUUGUCUUCCUCCUGGGCAAGGUGAUGGGCAAGGUGUUCUUUGGGCAACUGAGGGCAGCAGAGAUGGAGCACCUUCUGGAACGUUCCUGGUAUGCCGUCACAGAGACUUGUCUGGCCUUCACCGUUUUUCGGGAUGACUUCAGCCCCCGCUUUGUUGCACUCUUCACUCUUCUUCUCUUCCUCAAAUGUUUCCACUGGCUGGCUGAGGAUCGUGUGGACUUUAUGGAACGCAGCCCCAACAUUUCCUGGCUCUUUCACUGCCGCAUUGUCUCUCUCAUGUUCCUCCUGGGCAUCCUGGACUUCCUCUUCGUCAGCCACGCCUAUCACAGCAUCCUGACCCGUGGGGCUUCCGUGCAGCUGGUGUUUGGCUUUGAGUAUGCCAUCCUGAUGACGAUGGUGCUCACCAUCUUCAUCAAGUAUGUGCUGCACUCCGUGGACCUCCAAAGUGAGAACCCCUGGGACAACAAGGCUGUGUACAUGCUCUACACAGAGCUGUUUACAGGCUUCAUCAAGGUUCUGCUGUACAUGGCCUUCAUGACUAUCAUGAUCAAGGUGCACACCUUCCCACUCUUUGCCAUCCGGCCCAUGUACCUGGCCAUGAGACAGUUCAAAAAAGCUGUGACAGAUGCCAUCAUGUCUCGCCGAGCCAUCCGCAACAUGAACACCCUGUAUCCAGAUGCCACCCCAGAGGAGCUCCAGGCAAUGGACAAUGUCUGCAUCAUCUGCCGAGAAGAGAUGGUGACUGGUGCCAAGAGACUGCCUUGCAACCACAUUUUCCAUACCAGCUGCCUGCGCUCCUGGUUCCAGCGGCAGCAGACCUGCCCCACCUGCCGUAUGGAUGUCCUUCGGGCAUCGCUGCCAGCCCAGUCACCACCACCCCCGGAGCCUGCGGAUCAGGGGCCACCCCCUGCGCCCCACCCCCCACCACUCUUGCCUCAGCCCCCCAACUUCCCCCAGGGCCUCCUGCCUCCUUUUCCUCCAGGCAUGUUCCCACUGUGGCCCCCCAUGGGCCCCUUUCCACCUGUCCCGCCUCCCCCCAGCUCAGGAGAGGCUGUGGCCCCUCCAUCCACCAGUGCAGCAGCCCUUUCUCGGCCCAGUGGAGCAGCUACCACAGCUGCUGGCACCAGUGCUGCUGCUGCUUCUGCCACAGCAUCUGGCCCAGGCUCUGGCUCUGCCCCAGAAGCUGGCCCUGCCCCUGGCUUCCCCUUCCCUCCUCCCUGGAUGGGUAUGCCCCUGCCUCCGCCCUUUGCCUUCCCUCCAAUGCCUGUGCCCCCUGCGGGGUUUGCUGGGCUGACCCCAGAGGAGCUACGAGCUCUGGAGGGCCAUGAACGUCAGCACCUGGAGGCCCGGCUGCAGAGCCUGCGUAACAUCCACACACUGCUGGACGCUGCCAUGCUACAGAUCAACCAGUACCUCACUGUGCUGGCCUCCUUGGGGCCCCCUCGGCCUGCCACUUCAGUCAGCUCCACUGAGGAGACUGCCACUACAGUUAUUGCUGCUGCCUCCUCCACCAGCAUCCCCAGCUCAGAGGCCACGACCCCAACCACAGGAGCCUCCCCAACAGCCCCUGAAACAGAACGGCCUCCAGCUCCUGAGUCAGUGGGCACAGAGGAGAUGCCCGAGGAUGGAGAGCCUGAUGCAGCAGAGCUCCGCCGGCGCCGCCUGCAAAAGCUGGAGUCUCCUGUUGCCCACUGACACUGCCCCAGCCCAGCCCCAGCCCCUGCUCUUUUGAGCAGCCCUCGCUGGAACCAUCCUGCCACCAAGUGCCAGCUCCCUGUCUGUCUGCAGCAGGGAGUAGUACCCCCAGCUCUGAGAAAGAGGCGGCAUCUCCUAGGCCAAGUGGAAAGAGGCUGGGGUUCCCAUUUGACUCCAGCCCUCAGAGUCCGAGGCAGCCAUGGGGAUCUCGGGUCAGUUCCAGCCUUCCUCUCCAACUCUUCAGCCCUGUGUUCUGCUGGGGCCAUGAAGGCAGAAGGUUGAGCCUCUGAGAAGCCCUCUUCUUCCCCCACCCCUUUCUGGGAGAAGGGGCAGCCCCUCUGAGCCCUACUUGUAUGUGUGGAGUCACGCUGCAGUGCCGAACAGUAUUAGCUCCCGUUCCCAAGUGUGGGCUCCAGAGGGGCUGGAGGCAAGCUAUGAACUUGCUCCCUGGCCCAGCCGUAAGACUGGUACCCAUUUCCUUUUCUUACCCUGAUCUCCCCAGAAGCCUCUUGUGGUGGUGGCUGUGCCCCCUAUGCCCUGUGGCAUUUCUGCGUCUUACUGGCAACCACACAACUCAGGGAAAGGAAUGCCUGGGAGUGGGGGGGCAGGCGGGCAGCACUGAGGGACCCUGCCCCGCCCCGCCCCUCCCCCCAGGCCCCUUUCCCCUGCAGCUUCUCAGGUGAGACUGACCUGUCUCACCCAGCAGCCACUGCCCAGCCGCACUCCAGGCAAGGGCCAGUGUGCCUGCUCCUGACCACUGCAAUCCCAGCGCCCAAGGCAGGCCACUUCUCAACUGGCAGAACUUCUGGAGUUUAGAAUUGGAAUUACUUCCUUACUAGUGUCUUUUGGCUUAAAUUUUGUCUUUUGAAGUUGAAUGCUUAAUCCCGGGAAAGACGAAGGUCUUUCCAGUUUAGAAAAGGCUCUAUACCAAGGAGGGACCACAGGAGCUGGGACCUGCCUGCCCCGGUCUUUUCCCCUUGGUUUUGUGUUACAAGAGUUGUUGGAGACAGUUUCAGAUGAUUAUUUAAUUUGUAAAUAUUGUACAAAUUUUAAUAGCUUAAAUUGUAUAUACAGCCAAAUAAAAACUUGCAUUAACAGUUG